AAAAGGCGUAACUAUAACAGAGAUAAUCUGAAGUUUCACCACACAUCAGCCAGAGAGCCGGAUAGUUAACCCGGUUGCCAACUCGGCAAAGAUGGACAUUUCAUUGUUUUUAAUAACAGUGAGGAUGUACACUAAUCCCAACAUGGCGCACCAAAAUGUGGAUGUGUGCCAAAUGGCACAGCAAGAGGUUCCAGACCAACAACUUCAACAUCAACCACAGCAAGAGGUCAAAGACCGACAACAAGAGAAUCAACUGCAGCAAGUGCUCGAAGACCAAAGCGAACACAAUCUGCUUCAGCAAGGCCGAAGAAAACAAAAUCAGUGUCUGCCAGAUGUUACAAGUUCAAAGGAAUUUCAAAAUCAGCUACGCGACCACGGGGUAGAGAUUCUACAGGAAUUUAGUCAAAGUUCUGUGUAUAAUCACUGGAAACCAUUUGCUACUUGUGGGUUAUCAAUCCUUGAUGAGUGUCCUUCUGCAGAGUGUGAUCAACCUGUUCAAGGGAACAAUCGGGAAAACUUGCGAGCAUAUGUGAACCAGCGAUUGUCGGCCGCUGAUGUAUUGCGCGUUCAAGAAUAUAUCCGUGAUCAGCUAUCAAUUCUACUGGUAUCAUCAUUAAUUGGUUGUGUUAUUGCUGCAGCUACAUUAAGUCUUGGUGAGAUAUUGAAAUACAAAAUAAAAAACAAUUGUGGUUUUAUUGACACUUUGCAUACAUUUUCUGACUGUCAGUUUACAGACAGUACUUUCCGCAGUAUUCAAAAUGAGCUGCGGAAUAUCAUGCCAUUGUCAGUUUAACUGGCCACUGGACACUCAGGGCUCCAAAAGAGAUCCUGUAAACAGCGAGAAAGCCUGGCUUGAUUUCGCUGUUCGGCUUCUGUCUAGGGAGGUGGUAGGUAAGGGCAGAGGUCAAGAGACAGUAUGGAGUAAUAGGUGUAAGCCUCUUUGGUGGGAUGAGAAAGUGGGGUUGCCAUGGAAAAACCCCACAGCAAAUCCUAAAGACAGUAAAGAGGUGUUGUUGAUGAAGUACACAGCUUUAGAGAGGCACUUAAAUGAAGAGAAUAGAUUUCCAGCAGAGCUAGCUGAAGAGGCGAGACUGUGGAAUGCUGGGAAUAUAAAAGAAUUAUUCCUGAUGACAACGUUGACUAGCUUGCUGGGUAAAGUCACAGGCCUGCACUGUGCUGUCAUAGAUGCUUGUAGCAAAGUAGAUGAGCUGAAAGCUUCAGUGAACCCCACACUGCUGAAUGACAUAAAAAACUGCCUUGCAGCUACGCUUAAAGCAACUGAAAAUUUCAAUGUUAGUGGGUCUAAACCACCUAAAAGAAAAAAUCCUCAUUCAGGCAAAGAAAACUCAACUUCUAAACCAGUCAAAGCUAGAAAAAGGGAAUCAGAAUCUAACAUUAUACCAGCAUCUCAGUCAUUAAAUGAGUCUAUGCCAGAGCCUCCAACAUUUCAAUCACAAUCAGAAGUUCCAUUAGAGCAGAACUCAAAUACCCAAGCCAAUGAAAUUAUAUCUUUAGCACAAAAACUUCUCCUGAAAAGAAGAGCUUCAAAACCUGUGAACAUCAACAAAGAGAAGAAAACUCUUCAAAAGAUUUGUCCAAAGCCAUCAAAUGUUAUUAAUUUACCAGCUAGUUCUAAUUUAAUUUCAUCUUCCUCCAACCUGUUGCCACAAACUAUCUUUAUAAAAAUAAAUGAUCUUAAUUGUUUAAAUGCUCAAAAUUCUGUCAACCCAAUUAAUUCAACUGUUUCCUUGAAUCCAGGUUUUGUGCAAAUUCUAUCCCCUGCCAUUAGUUCUUCAACAAACAUAACAGACAGCUCUUUUCUUGAUAAUUCAAACAUUCCAGGUUUAAGUACAUUUGUUCAGAUGCCUCAGUGUGAUGAUCUGAAUAUCUCACUGCCAAAUUUCCUUCACUUUCAAGAUGAGUUGAGCAACUGUAAUCCUGUUACCUCUGUAGUCAACUCCCCAUCAUCUACUUCUGAUGCCCUUUCACCAUCCGCAGUUUACUACUCACCAUCAUCCAUAGUUAACCACUCAACACCAUCUACUUCUGACAACCUUUCAGUACACACAGUCAACAACUCACCAUCAUCUAAUUCAGACAUCCAUACACCAUCAGCAGUUAACUCACCAUCAAACACCUUAUCCACACCCUCUGAUCCAAAUUUCAACCUUCCCCAUGGAAGCACAAUAAACACUUUAUUAAACUCUUUUCUAGAGAGCUCUUUUCCCCAGACACCUGGAUGCAGAUCCAACAGAUCAAACAGCAGCAAUGAGGUUAUCUCCCCUUCAACCGACAAAGGCUAUUUUUCAGACAAUAGUGUGUAUGACCCUCUUCUACCUGUCACCACUCCUGAUUACCACACCAAUAACGGUGAUGAUGCACAAAACAUGGCUGCUGAUUCAGAUCAUACUUUUUCUCCUCAAGAACUUCAGCUGUGGGAGGAAGAUGGUUCUCUAAGUUUAGACAGAUUUCUAGAAGAGUUAUAGUUCUUGGCUAAAA